GGGCAGAUUGCGGCUGCCUUGGACUUUUGUACUGUGCUGACUAUCAUGAUGAUUGGAGGCGACCUUUGACAUCGACGCCCUUUUAUGAGCCCCCGAACUCUGACUUUUGCUGCGUCAGCGGAUUGCCACUUCCCGUUUGCGCCCCACGAGCGGGUUGCCGUGUACGGCAGGGGCGCGCAUCUGUCUGUCGCUCACGUUGUCGUGCCAACGGCUUAUUUUUUCCUGUCCCUCGCUCGUAAAAUGGAGGCGGCGUCACAAAAGCACAGAAACAGGAAACAUCAUUGGCUCUGGGAUUUUCGUCAGCCCAAAGGGCGUGAUGGAGAACGCCAGCUCUGUGGGCGUGGCCCUGGUGGUGUGGAUCAUCACGGGCCUCAUCACCGCCAUCGGGGCGCUGUGCUACGCCGAGCUGGGCGUCACCAUCCCCAAGUCGGGGGGCGACUACGCCUACGUCAAGGACAUUUUCGGAGGCUUGGCCGGGUUCCUGCGUCUGUGGAUCGCCGUGCUGGUGAUUUACCCGACCAACCAGGCCGUCAUCGCGCUGACCUUCUCCAACUACGUGCUGCAGCCUCUCUUCCCCACCUGCUUGCCGCCGGACAUCGGGCUGCGCCUGCUCGCUGCCGUUUGUCUCCUGCUGUUGACGUGGGUGAACUGCUCCAGCGUGCGAUGGGCGACCAGGGUGCAGGACAUUUUCACGGCGGGGAAGCUGCUUGCCUUGGCCCUCAUCAUCAUCAUGGGCAUCGUGCAGAUAUGCAAGGGGGAGUACUACUGGUUGGAGCCGGCCAACGCCUUCGAGCCCUUCCAGGACUACGACGUGGGCUUGAUAGCCUUGUCCUUCCUCCAAGGCUCCUUUGCUUACGGCGGAUGGAACUUCCUAAACUAUGUCACAGAGGAGCUGGUAGAUCCUUACGUGAACCUCCCCCGUGCCAUCUUCAUCUCCAUCCCGCUGGUGACCUUUGUCUACGUCUUCGCCAACAUCGCCUACGUCACGGCCAUGAGUCCGCAGGAGCUGCUGGCCUCCAACGCCGUCGCUGUGACCUUUGGAGAGAAGCUUCUGGGUGUGAUGGCGUGGAUCAUGCCCAUCUCUGUGGCUCUGUCCACCUUCGGGGGAGUCAACGGUUCCCUUUUCACCUCGUCUAGGUUGUUCUUUGCCGGAGCCAGAGAGGGCCACCUCCCCAGUCUGUUGGCCAUGAUUCACGUCAAGCGCUGCACCCCCAUCCCGGCUCUGCUCUUCACCUGCCUGUCCACCUUGCUGAUGCUGUGCACCAGCGACAUGUACACGCUCAUCAACUACGUGGGAUUCAUCAACUACCUCUUCUACGGCGUGACCGUCGCCGGGCAGAUUGUGCUGCGAAUCAAACAGCCUGACAUGCACAGGCCCAUCAAGAUCAACCUGAUUUGGCCGGUGAUAUACCUCCUCUUCUGGGCCUUCCUCCUCAUCUUCUCGCUCUACUCCGAGCCGGUGGUGUGCGGCAUCGGUCUGGCCAUCAUGCUCACCGGCGUGCCCGUUUAUUUCCUGGGCGUCUACUGGGACAACAAGCCAAAGUGCUUCGACGCAUUUGUCGACAAGUUGACGUAUGUGGGUCAGAGGUUCUGCCUGGUGGUUUAUCCAGCUCAGACGUCGGACGACGACGAGGGCGAGGAAAUGAAGGAAGCCAGGUCGCCUCUGUCCAAAGGGGACGACGAAAAACACAAAUCGGCCGACUGCUGAAGCCGCUCGGACGCCCGUUUACUGAUCUCUUUCUUACUGGAAAUCUUUUGGUGAAAAAAAAAACAAAAAAAACAAAAAAUCAUCUGUGUGCCAAAUAUGCUGUGAUGACAUUUUGAAGAGCAAUAAGCUUUCACCUGGAAACGUGUG